ACACGCGGCGAUGUAAAAAAUUUGUCAAAUUAUGGGUGUAAAAGUGUCAUUAUCCUUGAACAAAUAAGGGUGCAGCAGGAAGUAAAAUAGUAGAGUUAAUAAAACCCAGUGGGUGCAGGGGAUGAAAGGAGGGGUGUGUACGAAGCAAGGGUCAGCCCAACCAUUUCUUCAAAACCCCGAGGGUUUCUUCUUCUUCCUUCACGAGGAGAAAAAAUUGCCUCCUGAACCUGCAGCCGCUGCACCUCCGGCGACCGGCCAACGUCGCUGCUAUCACCUCCGGUUCAUACUGGAUCCGUCGCCGGCGCGAACUAGGGGGUUGCGACUUCUCCUCUCAUUCUUCUUCCCGCACGCGAGCUCCUCCGCACUCCCAAGACCAGAGCUCGUCUCCACCACAUCUCCGAUGGUCAGACACACUGCGCCAUUCGGAGUUGACGCCACGACCACGUCGAGGUCGUCACUCGCCACCGCCGUAGCUUCACCGCGACGUUGUUCUUGUUCAAGCCUUGCUCUAUUUUCAGUUACUCUUUGAUUCCUCUUUGUGAUUCUCUGCUUGUUGAUAAAACGAGUUGUGUUUAGGAGAGUGAAACGAGAUGUUCAAUGGAGAAGAGUGGGUCUUUGGAGUGUAGGUCUUUAAUAGAUCGGUGUCCUGUUUACUUUUUUUUUAAUCCUUUUAAUCUCGUAAACGGAUAACAAAUAAUGUCUUAUCAUAGCAUUGUUUAAUUGGGAAAUGAUGUUAAAUAAUCUUUGGUUUGUAGGUUUGAGUGAUUAGUUCUUAUGUUCUUCCGUGAUCAAUCCAAUUUAGCCAUAUUUAUAUUAAUCAAUCCAAGACCAGUCCACAUAUAGCAAGAACAGAAAUGAUUUCACCAAUCCUUCGUCGUGUUGUCCCUCUGAAACCCACCUUGCUCAGGUUGUUAUCCCCAUUUUCCACAACCCCUCAUAGUGACACCGCCAUCCUGGCGCGUCUGAAACACAAAGACUGGCUCACUCCGAAAGAAGCCACCACUCUCUUAACCUCCCUUACAGACCCUUCCUCCACCCUCUCCUUCUUUAACCUCUACAACUCCCGCAAGGACUUUGACCCCACCGAACCCUUUUGCACCACCCUUGUUGCCAAGCUUGCCCAGGCCCAACACCUCAACCCUCUCCUCACCCUCCACCAUGCCCUCACCCUCCCUCGCCCCCAAAGACGUCAUUUUUCUGAUAACUUCUUUUUCACCCUUAUCAAAGCCUAUGCACACUCCUUUCAGCGUGUGGACCACGCACUUCGCACCCUCCACGAAAUGCCCUGCCCCCCCUCCACACGCACAUUCAACUUUGUCCUCAACCUUCUGGUUAACACUCGUCUCUACUGUGAGGCACACAACCUCUUCCUCCAUGCACCACAGCUCGGCGUGACACUUGAUGCUUGCUCGUUGAACAUCCUCAUCAAGGGGCUUUGUGCCCAGGGGGAGUUAAAUGCAGCGUAUCAGUUGCUGGAGGAGUUUCCUGGGCUGGGAUGUGAGGCGAACGCACGGACCUAUGCGACACUGAUGAAGGGGUUGUCUGAAAGAGGGAGGAUGGAGGAGGCUUUUGGGUUGUUGGAGAGGAUGGAAGGUGGAAGUGUAGAUGCUGAUGUGGCGGUUUUCAAUAUUUUGAUUGGGGGGUUGAGGAAGGGAGGGAGGGUGGAUGAGGGGUGGAGGGUGUUGGAGGGGAUGAUGGGGAAGGGUGUGUCCCCUAAUGGCGGAUCUUAUAAUGAGGUUUUGUGUGGGUUGGUUGAGGGUGGCAGGUUUGACGAGGCUAAGAAGGUUGUGGAGAGGAUGGGGGUAGAGGGUUUUGUGCCUAGUUUUGAGUCUUAUAAGGGUUUGGUUAAGGGGUUUUGUGAGAGUGGGGUGGUUGGGGAGGUUGAGUGGGUUGUUAGGGAUAUGGUGGGGAAGGGGUUUGUGCCAAAGAUGGGGAUGUGGGAUAAGAUUGUGCGGUGUGUUGUUGAAAGGGAAGGGAGUUCUGGGUGUCUGUCUGUUGCUAUCGAUAGUGUUUUGGAGGAUGAAAAAUGACAACCACCCCCAUGAGGCCAUGACGUGAUGUGAUACAAUUAGUCCUAAGACGUGUUUGUUUUCAGUCAGCUCACAUGUUGAGGUCACAUUUGUGUAUCGUUCAGCCUAGAAUCUAUAUAGUCCGGUGAUUACCAGAAAUCCAGGUUUCAGUUCUAAUGCACACAUUAUUUUGGAAUCUGUGUACCAUGUGAAUCUGCUUAGCUAUAGUUGAGCUCUUACCCGACAGAUUUUGAAACUUGGUGAGGAGAAGCAUGAAUGAAAUGACCUUUUCCAAAAGGAUUUGGAAUUAUUGGAGGGCUUAUGAAGUGGAGUUAUAUAGUGAUAGCUACAACAAUUGAAAGGAUGAUGAUAUACAAAUCAGAGGAUUUGCUACUGAGUAUGCAUUUCGGCAGCUUGUGUUUUUGUUAGCUUCAAAGAUGGAGUUUGCUGUUUCAGUCAGCCACUCAAAUGUCAUAAACUUAUUAUUUUAUGAAAUUGGGUGACAAGUUGACGAUGAAUGAUGUCACCUGGCUCAGUCAGCAGCAGCGGAGAGGCAGUGCAGGCUACGGUUGCUGACAGAUCUAGCAGUUGGUGCAGUCCACCUCCGAACCUCCACCUUAUGAAGCACUCCUGUCAUGCUCAGAUUUUCAGAAUAAAUGAUGGUGGCGACUCCAAAUCUUUUUUCCAAAAUGGUUUCUUUUUGGAUCGUCAUCCCGUCACGACACUGGUUGCGACAAUGUCCAAAAUCCAAAUUAACUUGUUACAUAGUUUUUCAGAGACAUGACAAGACUUUUAUAGUCAUGAAAGGACAACAUUGAAGGAACUCCAAAUAUUUGCUACGUGUAUAAAUUAAUUUCUCUUAACUCACCAAUUCUCUGCUCCCUGUUGGACAUGGAACUACUUAUUACAAAAGUGUAUAAGAUGAAUAAGUAGGUGCAUAGUUUGAUUAAGCACUGAAAUAUUAGUAUAAAAAUGUUUAUUCUAAUGUUGUUAUUAUAACAUAUAGUCACCUACUAUGAUUUGUGCUAG